AUGCUGAGCACUUUGUACGAGUUGCCGGCCCCCUCCUCCGGGCAGAAGAACGACAUCACGGCCUGGCAGGAGUGCGUCAACAACUCCAUGGCGCAGCUGGAGCACCAGGCCGUCCGCAUCGAGAACCUGGAGCUCAUGUCUCAGCACGGCUGCAAUGCCUGGAAGGUCUACAACGAGCACCUGGUUCAUAUGAUAGAACAAGCCCAGAAAGAACUUCAGAAGUUGAGGAAAAACAUUCAAGAUCUGAACUGGCAACGAAAGAACAUGCAGCUCACGGCUGGGGCUAAGCUACGAGAAAUGGAAUCUACAUGGGUGUCUCUUGUCAGUAAAAAUUAUGAGAUUGAACGAACUAUUGUGCAGCUAGAAAAUGAAAUUUCACAGAUCAAACAACAGCAUGGGGAAGCAAACAAGGAGAACAUUCAGCAAGACUUCUGAGGGUUUAAUCCUUACUGUUUUACUUGUUUUAAAAUAUGCUGCAGUAUUUGAAGAUGCUACGUGUUUUUAGACCGCUAAUUGCAGUUGUGUAAGGUGAUGGAAAAAAUACCUUUCUAAGUGUUGUUGACCCUACCUCCUCCUAGAAAAUGAGGAAGACUCAGAAUAUAUUGUUCAAGUAUAUUAUAAGCACAGUUAAGUGUACUGUGAAUUAUUUCACAUUUUAUAUACGGUGCCGUGGUUCUUAGAAUUGUUUCAUGUUUUUGCAUUUUUCCCAAGGCCUGAACUAAACCUCCUUUUGCUCUUUGUAUGCCCUUUGCUGCGAUGUCACAAAACAACUCGAGUCGUGUCAGGCAAAAGACUCUGCCAAAUAAAACCCCUUAACACUA